GAUCAGAUCUCGGUUCCCAAUCUAAUCCCCUCCCCCAUACCUUCCAAUCCACUCGUCCUCGUAUCUAGCUCCUCCCCCCCUCCGUCCCACGCACAACCCAAAAUCCCACCAUCCAGUCUCCGAGUUACGAAGAAAUAUGGGCAGGAAAUUUUUCAUUGGCGGCAACUGGAAAUGCAAUGGAACAACCGAAGAAGUUAAGAAGAUUGUCACUACCUUGAAUGAGGCUGAAGUACCCCCAGAGGAUGUCGUCGAGGUUGUUGUAAGCCCUCCAUUUUUGUUCCUUACUUUGGUAAAAAGUUUGUUGCGAUCUGAUUUUCAUGUUGCUGCACAAAAUUGCUGGGUGAGGAAAGGUGGUGCUUUCACUGGUGAAGUCAGCGCAGAGAUGCUUGUCAAUCUUGGCAUUCCUUAUGUCAUAUUGGGUCACUCUGAGCGGCGGCUAUUGUUAGGUGAAUCUAAUGAUUUUGUUGGAGAUAAAGUUGCAUAUGCACUCUCUCAAGGUCUGAAGGUGAUUGCUUGUGUUGGUGAGACUCUUGACCAGCGAGAAUCAGGAUCAACUAUGGAUGUUGUUGCUGCACAAACAAAAGCAAUUGCAGAUAGGAUAUCGGAUUGGACCAAUGUUGUAGUGGCCUAUGAGCCGGUUUGGGCCAUUGGCACUGGCAAGGUUGCAACACCUGCUCAGGCUCAGGAAGUGCACUCUGUCCUGAGAAAGUGGCUUCAUGCAAAUGUGAGUGCUGAAAUCGCUGGAUCGACUAGGAUCAUAUAUGGAGGUUCUGUAAAUGGAGCAAACUGCAAAGAAUUGGCCGCACAGCCGGAUGUUGAUGGAUUUCUUGUUGGUGGAGCUUCUUUGAAGCCUGAAUUUGUGGACAUCAUCAAGUCUGCUACGGUCAAGUCAUCCGCAUAGAAAUACUUUUCCCAAUCAGCGUAAACUUUAUCUUGUUGCUUUAAGAAACAAUGUGUUUCGAAUGUCAUCUUGACUUCUGUAGCAUCCUAUCCGAAACAUGAUGUGACACAGUUUUACGAGGCGAAUAAAUUGUGCUGUAAUUUUUGUUUUAAAUUUGGUAAAUGCUCCGUUGCGUCAGCUUCUAA